CUCCAGGUGUUUUGGACUUCAACUCCCACAAUGCCUUGUACUUUCCUCCUCCUCCUCCUCCCUUCUUCCUCCCACCAAGUAAACAAGCUCCUCCCAGGCACUUUCCGGAAGUGACGUCAGAGGAAAUUGCGUCACUCUCUUUCUCCAUUAGCAUUCCCUACCUCUCUAGGAAGCUGAGCUCGCAUUUGGAGGACUCAGGUGGGACCCAAAGGCGCUUCUUCUUUUUCUUCCUCUAUUUUCCUGCAAAGGAUCUGGUGGCUGUUAAAGAGAAGCCUGAAUCUUCCGCAGAAGAGGAGCCUUUAUUGGGAGACAUGGAGGUCGUGGAGGAGAGCUCCGAGAGUGUGGCCUCCUCAGAAAGAGGUGAUUCCAAGGAGAAGAGGAAGAAGGAGGCAACUGUCGAAAAUCAAGAUUGGGACCACGAUGCAGCUUACAUUUCCCCCGAAGGGACUUACCUGCCUCAAACCGAAUCACUUGGAGGAAAUCGCACAGGAAAUGAAAUAAGCCUGCCAAAGCUGUCUGAGUUCGAGAAGAGCAUCCUCCAGCCGAUCUUCCACGACAAAGGCGAGAAAGCAGCCCCCAAAGUAGAGGACGUGCACCGAUGCUUGGACUGUGGCAAGACCUUCAACCUCAACUCCAAGCUGAAGCUGCACCAGAAGAUCCACUCCGAGGAGAAGCCCUUCGAGUGCCCCGAGUGCGGGAGGCACUUCCGCCACAAGGGGAACCUCCAGACGCACCAGAGGAUCCACGUGAAGGAUAAACCCUUCCGCUGCGAGGAGUGCGGGCGCUGCUUCAGCUACAGCUGGAUCCUCCAGAAGCACCUCAAGUUCCACGAAAGCAGGAGGCUCCCCGUCAAGGAGAAAGCGGCUCCAUCGUGGAUCGGGCCACAAAAGGAUCCUUCGCUCAACGGAGAAGCAACGCAAGGAGCCGUUGCUUCCAACGCUGAAGCAGAAGAGUUGACGCAGGUGUCGACUGAUUGACGGAGUUGACCAGAAGGAUCCAUCCCAAGGGGGUGAAUAGUCGGUGGCGAUGCCUCAGUGGCCUGGGAGUUGUAGUUUAGCAACAUUUUCAAGAUGCCAUGCAAUUUCAAACACUGUCUUUAAGGGUAUGGACAACUUUAGCUUGUAGGAAAAGCCUAGAUCCCGUUGGGCCCGGCUGGGAAUUACCACAUAUGAGCUGCAUUUUGUAUUGUCCUCCGAUACUCCUUUUUUUUCCCCUCACAAGACCAAAAAUAAGCCAUGAUUUGUCUCUCAUUUUCAAGGCAACGUCUUCAUAGGUUUUCAAGGACUGGAGUUGAGUCUGUGGUUUGUUAAGUUGAGAAUACUUUCUUUUUUCAAUGCCCUCGCGUUGUGGGUUUGGUUCAUUUGUGUUUGAUUAAAGGCAUUGUUGAGCUUG